AUGGCAGGCGGUGUGUUUACAACAGCUUUUGGCAUCAUGAUGGCACUGUAUGAACGCGAGAAAACUGGACAUGGCAAGGUGCGUUGGCAGGGUUUUAUCCUCUCGACCACGCCAGCCUCGCACUUUGUCACUGAUCCUAACUUAUUCCUUGUUCGGUCUCUCUUGCUUUAGAUUGUUGAUGUCAGCAUUGCCGACGGCGUAUCCUACGUUUCGUCGCACUUUUUGGCCUCGCGCCAAGUUAGUCAGCAGAUCUCGACCUCCUCCUUUUCCUCAGCGCUGUGGCCCAAUCUCGCUAAACAGUGUGCCAAUCUUCUCGACGGCGGAGCUCCCUUUUAUCGGACAUAUGAAACGAAGGACAAGAAGUACAUUGCCGUAGGCGCCCUCGAACCCCAUUUCUACGCCAAUCUACUGAAGGUUCGUUUCCUUAGCUGGGAUGUAUUGUUUUUGCUACGUGAAACAUUUGUGCCCACCACAGCGGAUCACGCGGGAGUUGCGCAGGGUCAAUACGGGAGCCGGAUCAGGAUACGACAGGGGUUAUUUUGGCAGCGUCCCCAUAAAAAAUGCCAGACACACUGGGAGGGCUGUGGCGACACACCUAAGUAUAGGCUCGUGCCGCAAAUUCUGUUGCAUUACUCCAAUAUCACGUGUUUGCGGCAACGGUUUCCGACUGAUUUUGACAAUUGCAGCUCAUCAAAGUCCAGCGGAUCUUUAAUGCGGCCUCGCAACAGAACUGUUAUCCAGCAGCAUAAUUUUUAUCGUAUCUGUGUUCUUCAGGCUCAUGUGACUUAGUCUGGCUUCCAUAUGCUGCGCAUACUUAUAACCGAAAGUGCGUAGUUCUCUCCUCGCUUAUUGUGGUGAUUUAACUCUACGAGGAGUGUUGCGCAGCGAGUUUGUCACCAGCCCUGUCUCACGAAGUUGCUUUCAGAUUAUCCUCAAAGCAUCCGUCCACGUUUACUAAGUUAUUCAGGCUUUGGAGUAGAGGGGGCAAUAUGCUGAGAAUAAGGGAACAUCCAUCCGAAGACACGAUUGCAUGGGACCAACAGUCGCAGAUGAGGCUUGAAUCAAUUUUGCGUAUUGAUUUAGAUGUCCUAUACAAAAUUAUCAAAAGAGAAAUGAAGAUAAGCGCGGCCAAUCGCGACUGGAUGACGGGGUGCAGUAGACGUGUAUUAAAUCCACAGUUUAGGAAGUUGGCUGCUUUUGUAUGCUGCCUAUACGUCUGACGACGAGCUCUGUAGCCAUUCUCAAGUACUGGCCAUUUUUUUGUCUCCAAAAAACCUGAUGUAUCUACUUCCUCAUAUGCACACCCUGUAGGAGCUUGGCAUUCCCCCAGCUACGGCUCCGCAGAUGGAUCGUGUCGCCUGGCCACGGAUCUCCGCCCUUUUCUCAGGUAUUUUCAUCACCGAAACACGUGAGUACUGGAUCAACCAGAAGAACUUAUUACAGUUGGCCUGCGUGAGUCCUGUCUGGAGUCCGGAGGAGGCCAUCGCAAACCGGCCACCGCACACCAUGCGCCCUAUGUGCUUCUCCGUUUCCCCCCUCUCAGGUGGCGCUAAAAGCAGCAAUUUUACUAUACUGGUUCCGUCCAAAUGUCCAAUCCUCUUAGACUUCCCUCAGGAAGACAAAUGA